CACGAUUGCCCCCGUCUCGCCCCAAACCGCACGAAUUGAAGCCCGCACUUGGAUAUGACCCAUUCCGUCUUCGCCUCGCCCUCAUCGUCCUCCUCUGUCUUCAUCGCCACAACCAACCAUCGCUGCUAUCACCGCCGCAAAACCCAUCUUCCGAUUACCUCCCUCCCACCAUUUCUUCGUCGCCCGCCGCCUCCUUCCCCUUCCUUGUCUUGGCCACGCCGGCUUGCCGCUUCGGCUCCCGUCCGCUGCACAUCCGGCUUGUCAGAGAUGGAUGAUGUCACCGGUUCAAGCUUGUUUCCUUUGCAGCGUUGCAAAACUGUGCACGUGGUUAGGCAUGCACAGGGCAUUCAUAAUGUGGAAGGCGAGAAGGACUACAAAGCAUACUUAUCUCCAGAACUUUUUGAUGCACAUCUUACUCCAUUGGGAUGGGAUCAGGUUGAUAGUCUCCAUAAACACAUUAAAGCUUGUGGCCUAUCUAAGAAAAUUGAAUUGGUUAUUACAUCUCCUUUGUUAAGGACAAUGCAAACUGCGGUUGGGGUGUUUGGAGGUGACAGCCAAAGCGAUGGAAAUAACACACCAGCCUUAAUGGUUGAAAAUGCUGGGAAGAGUCGACGGCCUGCAAUUUCCAGUUUGAACUGCCCACCAUUUAUAGCAGUUGAAUAUUGCCGAGAGCACUUGGGAGUUCACCCUUGUGAUAAGAGGAGCAGUAUAAGCGAGUAUCGGCAGCUUUUUCCAGCUAUUGAUUUUUCUUUGAUAGAAAAUGAUGAAGACAUCUUGUGGAAAGCAGACAUCAGAGAGGCCAAUGAGGAGGUUGCAGCUAGAGGAGUGAAAUUUAUUAACUGGUUGUGGACACGUAAAGAGAAGGAGAUUGCUAUUGUUAGCCAUAGUGGAUUCUUGUUUCAUACCUUACAAAUGUUUGGUGGUGACUGUCAUCCUAUUGUUAAGGAGGAAAUUGGCAAACACUUUGCGAACUGUGAGCUGCGAUCCAUGGUAUUGGUUGACAGAAGUAUGCUUGGUUCAGAUUCAUCUUGUAGCAAUUAUCAUCCCGGUAAGGCACCAGGCGGCCUUGAUCUGCCCAGUGAUGUUGCUCAUGAGAAGCACUGCACCCAGAAAAACAUGGUGUGAAAUAGAUUUUCCAGGAUGGCCUUCGCCUUCGGUUACAUCUGGCAAGGUGAAAUAGGCCUUCAGGUGGAUGUGAUGCCGCAGGAUUCAUUUUCUUUUUUUGAGAAAUCAAUCCUGCCUGGAAUAUUUACUUAAUAUCUAUAUUUUUUGAUGUGAUGCAUCGAAUAGACUGGUCCCACGCAGCUACGGUUUUGUCUAGAGUUAUGACAAGCUGAGGCUGGAAGAUGCGUAGAACACUCGAUGUGGAGAUUGUGCAUUGUUGUCACUAAAAGUUGAAUGUGUCUUACUAUAAUCCUUGACUGCCAUACGAUCAUGUUCUUUAUGAAUCUCUUCGUUUACCUA